GCAUGUAAGUUUGAAGGAGAUUUUGAGAAAACAGAAAUUCCCCAUAAGGUAUCUUUGUUGCAAUAGGUAAAUCUUGCUAAAUACAAACCGAUGAAGACUUUUGACUCGGCUCAAUAAUAUUUCCGUUAUGAGAGGGUUGUGUGCAUUCAUGGCAUAAUUGAACUAUCAUUUGUGGGAUGCCUGUUGAAACGCUCCACUCCUUUUCAGUAGGCGGCGGUGUUGCCGCCUCAAAAUACUAUACGGGCGCCAUAGAAACGUGCAUGAACGAGGGAGUGCGUUGUUGGCAAAUGAUGCUGAUGCUGGGGAUGCGAAUGGAGACAAGCAAGAGGAUGCUACUGUAAAAAUGGCGGUGCACGGGGCGAACCUCCUUAUAUGGUUUUGACCGUAGAGGCAAAACAAUGCCCCUCGUCAAAAUCUUUACGACUUCUAUCUCAUGUCGGCGGAAAAAAUUAGAUAAAUGGCUCGUUUAAGCUGGGAGCUGCUCGUGUUCUGUCCGGCUGGCAGAUGCAGUGCCUAGUGCCUGGCCUUCAGGACAACGCCAACAUGAAUGGGGCUGGAGAUCAGGCGGACAUAUUGCCGCCCAACUGCAUGGUCAAGGAUCGAUGGAAAGUGCUGAAGAAAAUUGGAGGGGGAGGUUUUGGGGAGAUCUACGAGGCCUUAGACUUGCUGACACGGGAGAAUGUGGCGUUGAAGGUGGAGUCGGCACAGCAGCCCAAACAGGUCCUGAAGAUGGAGGUGGCCGUCCUAAAGAAACUGCAGGGUAAAAACCAUGUAUGUAAGUUUAUUGGUUGUGGGAGAAAUGACAAAUUCAACUACGUGGUGAUGCAACUUCAGGGGCGGAAUUUGGCUGACCUGAGAAGGAGUCAGCCUCGAGGGACCUUCACCAUGAGCACAACCCUCCGUCUGGGAAAACAGAUCCUGGAGUCGAUAGAGGCCAUCCAUUCUGUUGGCUUUCUGCACAGAGAUAUCAAACCAUCCAACUUUGCUAUGGGAAGGUUGCCUUCAACGUACAGGAAGUGUUUUAUGCUAGACUUCGGCCUUGCUCGUCAAUACACCAACACCACAGGGGAAGUCCGACCGCCUAGAACAGUUGCAGGAUUUCGAGGAACAGUCCGAUACGCCUCUGUAAAUGCACAUAAAAACAAGGAAAUGGGUCGCCAUGAUGACUUAUGGUCAUUAUUUUACAUGUUGGUGGAAUUUGCUGUUGGUCAGCUACCAUGGCGGAAAAUCAAAGAUAAGGAGCAAGUUGGACAGAUUAAAGAACGAUAUGACCAUAGGAUGCUGCUGAAACAUAUGCCUUCAGAGUUUCAAAUCUUCCUUGACCAUGUAUUGGGCCUUGACUAUUACACCAAGCCAGAUUAUCAGCUCCUGAUGUCAGUGUUUGAGAACAGCAUGAAAGAACGCAUCAUCACGGAGAACGAGCCGUUCGAUUGGGAGAAAGGAGGGACCGAUUCUACCCAGUCGACCAGCACCUCCACCCAGCCACAGCACAACACCCGGCCCACCGCCGCCAUGGUGGGAGCCAUCAACGUCACGUUGGUCCCUGGCGACCUUCAGAGGGAGAACACAGACGACGUCCUCCAGGAUGAGCAUCUCAGCGACCAGGAGAACGCCCCUCCGGCCCUGCCUGGCAAGCAGGGGGCCGAGACGGCCAGCCCGGUACCCAACGAGGGCGAGAAGUGGGAGGACACUGACUUCAACCGCAACAAACUCAGGAUCAGUCUCAGCAAGGGAGUCCAGGAGGAAGACCCAGGUAGAGGGGCUUGCCCUGUGUCUCCUGGCCGAACGGGGGGCCCAGAUUCGCCCAGUGGCCAGGUACGCUCCUUGAGGUACCGGCGUGUCAACAGCCCUGAGUCAGACCGCCUGUCUGCGGCCGAGGGCAGAGUCGAUGGCUACUGCCAAAGGUCGCGCAUGGACAUCCUGGGCUCGCCCUCUCGCCACGUCUACUCCUCCCAACCAGCCCAGAUGCUGUCGGUGGAUGGCGUCCGGUGUGGCGACCGGCAGGCCAGCGGGCGCCACGAGGGCUCGGUGGCCUCGGUGGACCAGGAGGCACACAGCAACGCCUUCAUCCGCUCCGUGCCGUUGGCUGAGGAGGAGGACUUCGACAGCAAGGAGUGGGUGAUUAUUGACAAGGAGACCGAGCUGAGGGAUUUCCAGCCCACGACAUCGGGCACCACCGACGAGGAGCCCGAGGAGCUCAGGCCACUGGAGGAGCAGGAGGAGAGGAGGAGGCUCCGGGCAGCAGGUGCUGAGUUAGUGGUACGGCCCAAGACCCAUACCAGGGACAGCAGUCGAGGCAUGCUGACCCUGACUGAGGAGGAAGCCUCCCGGAGGAGUAGCGGCAGCCCCGCCCAGUCGCCGUGUCACUCACUCCCAUCAGGCCGCCCCCGGAGAAGAGAGUCUGAGCCCAUUGGACCCCAAAGACCGGUGAUAGUGUCACCUACGGAGCAAAAUGGCCCAUCUUUGCCAUCUCCAGACUACAGAACCAAGGGUCAGACUGAUGAAAAGGAGCUUUUCCACAUCCUCCCUCAGCUCCAAGUAAAGAGGGCAGAUUUCCUCACAGUCAUGCUCACCGGCACCCUGCCUCAGCGCCGGACGUUUUCGGCUCUGCUGCCAGAGAACGAAGUACCAGAGCCUCAGGGGCCGAGGGAUGAUGACGUGACCAAGAGCGAGUCCAACAGCGAGGCCAGUCAGAAGAGCACUGAACGCAGCCAGGAUGGAGCUCCAUCCACUCUCAUGGCCGAGGACCUGAAGGGCCCGAGGGAGCCUGUCUCAGCUGCCGAUGCAGACCCUGACAUGGAGGACGCCUCCAAGACCCUGGUCCUGUUCUCACCCGGGGACAACCGCAAGUCCCCAUCUACUGGGUACCCCAACCUCGAAGCUGAUUUUGGUACCCCUUGUGCCAUCACCUCCCAAAAAGAGAGGCCCACAAUGGGUGAGGCGAUUCAGGCAGACCCAUCUGAACUUGGGGGUUUGUCGGUUGCAUUGAGAUCGGAUUUGAGAGCCACCACCCCCAUCGCUCCGGCAUCUCCUCCGUUCACUAAAGUUGAACGGACUUUCAUCCAUAUCGCUGAGACAUCCCACCUGAAUGUCAUGUCUUCCAGCAGCCAGACUCCCAAGGAAAGUGAUCGAGACCUCUUGGCCAUUGUCCUAAAGGCUUCAGCAGAUGGAGGCACCAAUAAACAGAUAAAUCUUGUAAAACAGGGAAACGCAUCUUCUGAGCAUUCACCUGACCUCCAAGUCCAGCCUGCAAUUGACGGGAACUUGGAGAAUGACUCACAGCCCGAACCUGAAAACUGUUCAAUGUUUGUCUUUGCCGAAUCUCUGGAGCCUGUCCCAGAAGCCACAUUGCCUAUUCUGGCACAUGAAGCUUUAUGCAGCAAUGAUUCUCAAAAGAAGCUGCCUGAAAAGAAAGACAUUACAGAUCAACAGGAGAAUAGUCCAGAACCAGAAGCUCCAACCCCUCCCAAACCCAGGAUCAGGAGCCGGAUCCCUGUGUUGGUUUCGGAGGAAGACACCGGCUCAGAGCACUCGUCCUCCCUCUCGGCCCGGGCACGGCUCCAGAGAAGGGUGCGGCAGCUGGACUUGGCAAGACUCGUGGUGGAGAAGCAGCAGGGGCGUUGGAUGAGGAGAAGGCUGAUUUCGGGGACCUCGUCUUCCCUGUCGUCUGGGGAUGACGAGCGGCGGAGGGCAUCGGAGACUCUCUCUACCACAGGCUCAGAAGAGGACACGCAUGCCUCGGACGAGUCCCUGGUGAGGAGGACUUCUCGUCUCAAGCCGACGGGGGAGGAGGGACCUUUGGAGUGGCGGAGCAGGAUCCCCAGGCCUGUCACACCCAUUAAAAGACCCUCAGGGCGCCUAGUGGCGGCCGCAGCCCCCUCCCCUCUCACCCUGCCAGGACGUGGUAUUUCUCGAGCCGCCACCUUCAUCGGCAACGGACUUCAAUCUCAAAGAGUAGGACUGGGUACCCUUCACACCCAGAAGAGAUCCAAAACGAUGCCGAUCGGGUCUGCCUCUUCGUCUUGCCCCCGAGCAUCCCCCAGUCCUCCCCAGCCAUGUGGCAGCCCCCGCAUGCCCCUGCGCUGUGUCUUUGCUGCCCGUCGUAGCCUAAGUACCUCUCACUGCAGGACAGACAGCCCCUCCCCCCAACGCGUCCGCCCAAUAAGGCAGCCCCUCUCAGUCCGACCCACAACCGCUCCCCCUCCACGACCAAGAACUACAAGUACCCUCCAACGUAGCGUUUCGCAGGACCCCACAACGCAGUCAUCCACUGCCAUGCCUCCCAGGGUCAGGCCUAAGUCCACAGGCCCAGCAAAGGGGAAACAAAGCACAGGGGACAAACUUAGUUCCGCUAGAUAAUACACAGAGACUAAACCUAGAGAAUAGUUGUGUAUACAUCCAUAUGGUUUUCAGAAAAACGCAAUGCCUCAAAAGGACCCAAGAUGACCCCAAAGCAAAACUGAUGCUUUAAGUCUUUUUGAUCUCACAAUGACCUCCUUUGAUCCAAAUCAUUUAUCUGUACUAAAAUAGUAUAUGUGAAAGGACGACAUCAUAC